CGUAGUUUCACUUUCGUUUUGAAUUACCUUAUAUUUACAGUUGAUCAUAUGUUUGAAACAUUUUACAUUUAUGGCAGUUACGGAUUGGAAUCUGUUAGGCUUAUUUUCUGCCGAAAACGAUGAAGUGUUGGCGUUGUUGGUGUUGAACCAACCUCUGACAGAAACAGGCCAGGACAUUUUCCAAAACAUCUGGGAGAGAGCGUCUUUCCGGGCAUCUGUUGAUGGCGCCACCAACCAUUUGUACAGACGAGGCCCAGAGCAAUACCUGCCGCAUGUGAUAUCUGGUGAUUUCGACUCUGUAAAACCGGACACACUGCAGUGGUACAAGGACAAGGGGAUAGAAGUGGUGCAUACCCCUGACCAGGAUUUUACUGACUUCACCAAAGGCCUUCAAAUAGUCAUCAACAAGUUCAAAGACAAAAAGUUAGACGCUGUGAUUGCAUACGGAGCAUUUGGAGGUAGACUGGACCACAUGUUUGCCAACAUCGACACUUUGUUCACAGCUAACAGACUCGCCCCAGGACUUCCAGUGUACCUCUGUGACGACCAGAACAUAGCUUGUCUCCUGCAGCAGGGUUCGCAUCGUCUACAUGUGGGGACGGGACUUGAGGGGGAUUCCUGCGGGCUGAUUCCAGUUGGAGGACAGUGUGACCAUGUCUCUACCACAGGGCUCAAAUGGAACCUUGACAACCAGAGGCUGAAGUUUGGUGAACUGGUCAGUACUUCCAACACAUGGGCGGGGGAUAAUGUUGUCACGGUAACCACCGAUCAACCGUUAUUAUGGACGAUGAACAUUAAACCAAAUUAAAUAUCAUAAGGUAGCUACGACAUGCAUAUACAAUUGGCAACCUGUGCGAAUCUCGACUAACGUGGCAGGUGGUACAAUAUUCCUCCUAUUACUAAAAGUUGAUGCUUUCUCCCAGUUCGCUUAUAUUUUUAAUUCUGCUAAUUUGACUAUUAUUGGUAAGAGUUUGGGCGAGUGUGUGGUUUACUACUCAUAUUGACUAUUGGCCAAAUGUAUGUGUAUUGCCGAUCUUGCCAAUAAACUUGAAAACUUGAAACUAUUAUAGCCCUACAAUGAAUUCUUAAGUGUUUUCAGUGACCAUUCCGAGGCGGUUUACUAUUCAUAUUGUAAAAAGACAACUACUCAUACUAAUGCUUAUUUUAUGUUUUUUUUAAACAUGACAGCGGAACAUUGUCUUUACAACAAACAAUAAUUGGUGCUGAAUGAAAGUCACUUUAAAUCUUGUGUCAAUAUACUGGUGCUAUAUUUUCCUGUGACAGUGUCUGUUUUAAAUGUGAUAUAUUCUCAAGUGUUCCCUUUGUAAUCAGAUGCUUUGUUUUGUUUUUAGAAGUUAUUAUACAUGUAUGCCUAUGGAAACAUAUUUUGUUUAUGGACUGUCUCGACAUGAUGAUACUUUUUCAAAUGUUUAGAAUGUUUCAUAUAUUUUGUUAACCCUUUAAACUAAAUGUUAUGACAUGAUUUUAAAAGCAUAUCUUAUCCUAAUAAAUCCUAUGCAUAUUAUU